AUGGUACGCCUUUUCGUUUCCACUUUGGUUCCCCUGGCGGCAGGUAUUGCCUGCUUGUCGGGCGCAGAUGCCAAAGGCGCGCCGCCGCCUCCGCCCGUUGUGCAGGAAGUGUGUGAGACUGUUCCGUACCAGGUACAGUCGACUUGCUACAAGGAUGUAACGAAGAAGAAGCCCUAUUCGUGCCCAGAAACCAUGGAAAAGGAAGUCUGCAAGAACGUUCCCGUGCAAGUUCCGGACACAUGUUACAAGCAAACAAUGCAGCGCGUCCCGUACUCCUGCCCGAAGACUCAGUACAAGACUGAGUGCUACGAGGUGCCGAACACAUGCAAGAGGACUGAAUACACCACGGAGACCUUCGAGUGCGGCAAGGAGGUUUGCAAAAAGGUUCCGGUAGAGGUUCCGGACACCUGCUACAAGACCGUCAUGGAGAAGGAGGCCUAUCCAUGCACCAAGACCAAGGCCGAGCAGUUUUGCUCUGAAGUACCCUACACUGUCAACAAGACAUGCUACAGGGAAGACAGCAAGACAGUGCCGUAUGCAUGCACCAAGACUGAGUACAAGAAGCAAUGCCGGCAAGUCCCGUUCCAGGUCGACGACACUUGCUACAAGACCGUCAUGAAGCCGGAGCAAUACAAAUGCUCCAAGACAUCCUACGAAGAUAGCUGCAGCGAAGUCCCUGUCCAAGUCCCCGAUACCUGCUACCGUACUGUCGAUCAGAAGAAAGCGUACAAGUGCAAGAAGACGCUCACGAGGAACCAGUGCACGAAGGUGCCCGUCCAGGUUCCGAGCACGUGCACCAAGACGAUCAUGUCGAAAGAGGCGUAUGACUGCUCGAAGACAGAAUUCCGCACCGAGUGCACCGACGAGGUCGAGCAAGUUCCCUGCAUGGGCAAAGAGUGCAAACUGCGCCAGCUGAAGAAGAAGCGUGUGUGCCGCCAAGUGCCGUUCACAAGCAAGAACGUGUGCUACAAGAAUGUACCCACUGAGCAGACUUACAAAUGCAGCAAGACGGAGUACCAGGAGCAGUGUGAGGAGGUUCCGUAUGAGGUUCCGGACACAUGCUACGAGACUAUUCAAGUCCAGCAGCCGUACAAAUGCUCCAAAACCGAAUACAAGCAGUCCUGCAAGAAGGUUCCCGUCCAGGUUCCUGAUGUGUGCACCCGACAGGUGCCUACAAAGGAAGCGUACUCGUGCCCGAAGACAGAGUACAAGCAAGAGUGCGAAGACGUUCCCGUUCAAGUCCCAGACACCUGCCACAAAGAGGUUCCGACAAAGGUCCCCUACAGUUGUCCGGAGACAAAAUACCGCACGAAAUGCGAAACCAAGAUGGUGCCAUUCGAGGAGACUUGCUACAAGUCUGUGCCGCGCAAGCAACCAUACAAAUGCUCGAAGACGACGAUGGAGAAGCAAUGCGAGUAUGUCCCCAAGACGUGCAGCAAGAAAGUGCCGACCGAAGUCGAGUACUCUUGCCCCAGGAAGGAGUGCAAGAAAGUUCCAUUCGAAGUCGACAAGACCUGCUACAGAAACGUCCCCUCCAAAGAGGCUUACAAGUGCUCCAAAACCGUUAUGGAAAACCAGUGCUCCACGCAGUCUUACACUGUCAACAAGACUUGCUACCGCGAUGAUGUGAAACAGCAAUCCUACCCCUGCUACGAGACCAAGUACAGGACUCAGUGUAAAUCGAAGAAGAGCGUGCCGCCUCCGAUGCCUGUGUCCAAGGCAGCGCCCAUGCCCGUUCUCACGAGCAAAGGUGGCAUGUAA